AUGGGAAACAACACAUCCUCCAUGGCCUCCUCGCGAGUGACGAAGAAGAAGAAGCAGCAGCGCCGCAAGCAUCGCCCCCAGUGCCGACGAGGCAUGUUCAACCAUGUUGACGGCCGAAACUACCGCGAGGAUCACGCCGUGGCCGGCCCAUAUCAAUGGGUAACCGUCUUCUUCAACUGGGCCGACCGCAGACUCACCGACGAGGAAUUGAUGGACCUCGUCCUGGCCCGAAUUCACGCAAGAGAUGGAAUCAUCUCCUCCCGACCCGUCCACCACGAUGUGAAGUUUUGCCUGUCUCUCCCCAUUCCUGAACUUUGGCAACGUACCGAUAUCAUAAUUGUCGGGGGAGCCCAGAACAUGGCACGUUGGUACAAGGAACAGAUCCAGCAUGCGGGCAUGCGGAUCAACCGACAAUACCUUUUCCGUGCGCAAAACCGGAAGGACUGCUGCUACCGAAAGGCUUGGCGAAGCGGCCAGAGUGUCGACGGCUUGGGCCGACUCAAUCGGCAAUGA